AUGACUGGAUCUUUGGAUGCAUCACGUUAUGGCUGGAAUGUCUACAUUUGCCGUCCGUUGCUCCUGGUGCUGUUGGCCUGCUAUUACUUUCAACAAGGUCACUGCGAUCUUACAGCCCUCUCUGUUCGCGGGAAAAGAACAUCGCAGAGCUCGACAAUAAACUGGGGAUUUCACUCUUCUGAUAAAGCCAUCGAUGGAACGACAGAUACCUACUCGCACACUGAUGAUUAUGAUUCGCAUCCUUGGUGGCUGCUGGACCUAGGAAGCGAGCACCGUUUGGAUAAAAUCAACGUCACUCUCCGACAGGAUAAUUGGGGUUUUCGUUUCAUCGGGGCAAUAGUGCGAGCUGGACUGAGCCCCAACUUCGCCGAGAACCCGCCGUGCGGCUCACCGGCUACCAGCGAACAGUCUCAGGAUGGAGCUGAGAUCCCGUUCCUGUGCGAGCCACAGCGGACGGCUAGGUAUAUCAGCUUGGACAUCGAUACUUCCAUGCCCGGUGUAGAUGCGGAACAGGCAUAUCUGCAACUUGCCGAGGUGGCGGUGGAAAACUCCACUUCUGGAGAGGGUUCUGCUCUCCCUGUUUAUGGGAAAAGUACAUCACAGAGCACAACAUGGGGGUACUAUCCUUCUGAUAAUGCCAUCGAUGGAAUGCCAGAUACCUUCACUCACACCAAUGAAAGAGAUCCGCAUCCCUUGUGGCUGGUGGACCUUGGUAGCAAGCACUGCUUGGGUGCGAAUGAUCCGCAUCCUUGGUGGCUGCUUCACCUAGGAAGCAAGCACUGCUUGGGUUUUCGUUUCAUCGGGGCGAUAGCGCGAGCUGGACUGAGCCCCAACUUCAACGAGAAUCUGCCGUGCGGCUCACCGGCUACCUUCCAACAGUCUCAGAGUGGAGCCACGAUACCGUUCCUAUGCUUGACACCCCGGACGGCCAGGUACGUCAGCUUGGACAUCGAUGACAGCAUGCCCAGUGUUAAUCCGACAACGGCAUUUCUGCAACUUGCCGUGGUGGCAGUGGAAGAGUACACGUCUGGAGAGUGUGCUGAUUAUGUUUGUAGCAACCCAAACCCCUGCCGCAAUGGCGGCACAUGUAUCCCAGAGACCACCGGUAAUUUCUAUAACUGUUCCUGCCCCGCCGGUUUUAGUGGAGGGGAUUGCCAAAAUGAUGUUUGUAGCAACCCAAACCCCUGCCAAAAUGGCGGCACAUGUAUCCCAGAUACCACCGGUAAUUUCUAUAACUGUUCCUGCCCCGCCGGUUUUAGUGGAGGGAAUUGCCAAACCGAUGACCCUUGCAUGUCCAACCCCUGCCAAAAUGGCGGACAGUGCAUGCCGCAAGCAGAAAACAUGUACAACUGUACGUGCCAAAAUGGCGCCACGGGUAACAACUGCCAGAACGCUCAUUCAAACACCACGACGAUCAUUAUUAUCGUUGUCGGUCUUGUCGUCGUCUUGAUUGUCGUGCUGGUCAUUGUCGUGGUUUGCUUCGUCAAAAGGUCACGACGUAAGCGCAGAGGCAGCCUGCCGUCUGCCGUCGAUAGAGGGCGUGGACAGGAGCUCAUUCAAAAGAAAUUGUCGAAUAUUUAUUGGAUUGACAAUCGUCAAACAUCGACCUCGGAGUUUAAUGGAUCAUCUAAGGAGUUCCCGCGGGACAAACUGCACAUCCUCGGCCAGUUAGGCAGCGGCUCGUUUGCUGUGGUCUACAAGGCCGAGGCAGAGGGAAUCAUCCGUAGGGGAACCAAUACGACGGUGGCUGUAAAAAUGUUGAAAGAAUCUGCUACACCAAACGAUCAGAGUGAUUUCAAGAAAGAGUUACGACUGUAUUCCAUGAUGGACCAGCAUCCCAAUGUCCUGUCUAUGCUCGGAUACUGCACUGAUAAAGACCCAAUGUACGUAAUCCUAGAGUACGUUCCCCAUGGAGACCUGCAGACCUACCUGCGACACAUUCGGACGGGCACCGAACCCUUCUACCUGAAGAAGGAAGAGUUCAAGGAGAAGAAGGACCUGACACCGACUGAGAUCCUGACUUUCGCAUCUCAGGUGGUCAGGGGGAUGGAGUACCUAGCAUCGAAACAGUGUAUCCACAGGGACUUGGCGACCCGUAACAUCCUCCUUGGCGAGGGACUGGUAUGCAAGGUGUCCGACUUUGGACUGGCUCGAGAAGUGGCCGAGAAAAGCCAAUACGAAAUGCAAUCACAGGGCAAGGUACCAGUUCGUUGGAUGGCUCCUGAGUCACUGCUUAGUAAUAUGUACACGAGCAAGAGUGACGUAUGGUCAUUUGGUGUUCUUCUGUGGGAACUGGUUACGUUAGGAUCGCAUCCAUACCCUGGCAUGUCAUCACAGGAGGUCAUCAAUGAACUAAAAAAGGGCUACCGACUACCCAAACCAGAGCAUUGUGGCGACGACAUAUACCAGAUAAUGAUGGACUGCUGGCAGGAGAAACCUGAAGACAGGCCGGAUUUCGCUGGUCUUCACACCACCAUAGACGACAUCCUUGCAGAUGCAGCGGGCUAUCUCGAAAUGGGAAGUCUUAACCCGGAUGAUUACGUGUACCUGAAACCUGGCCAAGGUUCGAGCAGCAUCACUCACUCACCCACUCAUUCGCCCACAGGCAGCAUCGAGUCAGGCUGA